AUUUUAUCUUCUUGGUCCGCAAGGUAGAGACCCAAGAAUCUGAAUAAUAAGCAAAAAACUCUGCCGCCGUUUCAAAGAACUUUAAACGGAGAAAAAUAAGUGAGCGAUCCUCCAAACGACGGCGUUGCAGCUUUUUGAAGAAUUGGAAUCGACGUCGUAUCGAAGGUUUCUAUAUUCCAAUCUCUUUGCAAUUUUCUCUGCUAUUUCAUUUCUGCAACAACGGAAUGGCACGUGCCAUUUGGAUAUCCUUCUGGAAAGUUCCAAUGUGCUGCUUCCAGCUUCGGAGGAAGAUUCUGAAUCCACAUUUUUAACGCUUCAAUGGCAGAAGAGGAAGUGAAAGGAAGAACAUUUCCAGUGCCAUUGAAAUUAUCCUAUAUGGCAGAUCAGAAAUCAUCGGUUGUAAUUCCUACCGGCUGCAUUUUGAAGAAUGAAGUCCAAAAAGACAGAUCUAAACUCUCGAAAUUGAAAGCCAAGAAAAUUGUCAAAAAUGCUAGGAGGACUCAUUUACUUAUCAAAAAAGCUAGGAGGAAACGUUUGUCAGGCCAAAGCUUAAGGUCGUUGGCUGUCGAAAGGAGCAAAGUCCUCUCAGCUUGGAGGAAGCAUUUGCCAGGUCAGAGCUCAAAGUUGUCAGCUGUUGAUCAGGGUAAGGAAAUCAUUGACUUGGAGGAGAGCACUGGUCCUGAGGGCAGCAUUGAUUUGGGAGAGAGCACCAAAGCUGAUUCCCUGCCUCAUCAAGCUGGGCUAGAAGUGGAGCAGGUAGCCAAUUUAGAGAGCAGUGACCUGGUUUCUGCUAACUAAUUAAAGCCAGUCCCUGACUCCUAAAACAGUUUUAAGCUGUACUAAUAAGUCAAAAAGUGAAACCUAUUAACUUUCUUUGUCUGCAUAAAGAUGGAACUCAUUUCUAAACUCCACCUUUUUUGAAUUCACCUUUGUAGUAUAUGUUUAAACCAUUAUAUCCUUUGCGUUGGGGUUUUUAAUCAACUUAAAUUGAUAAUUUUGGUUUAUGUAGUUAGUACUAGUUUGCACCCUAA